AAAUAUAGUACUAGUUGUAUCUCUUGGACUUGUUGUCCUAAAACAAUAUGUAUUAUGUGAAAUUUGUUCCGUUUUUUGGGGUUACACUUGAAUGUGAUUAAUAACUGUUUAGCUGGAAAAAGAAAACAAAUCCAGCGUGUUAGUACGAAUGCAAUGUCUAUCGUCCUAUUUCAUUCAUUAUAAGGUAAGUAAGAUAUUAUAUUUGAUCAAUCCACAAUAUAAUCGAUGAUUCCUAAAAACGCAAGGUCAUAGCAAGAAUUUAACUUAGUUAUUUACAUUUACUAUAAGUUUCAUGUAUUUUACUUCAGUUAUACUACUCUCAUCAUUAUUAUUAGUAUUUUCAUUUUUACUUAAUUUUAUUCCAAUUUCCAGUCAUUUAAACGUCUGCCCAAAUAAUAAAACUGUUAUAUACAAUAAUAAUAAUGAAUUAAACAAAUGUUAUGCAUUACAAUUGAAUUUAGCUAAACAACGUCAUAUUAUUAGAUUAAUUAAAGGUGAUCAAUUUACAAUGAAUUUACAAUUAGCAUGUCAUUUAUGUUCAAAUGAUAAUCCAAUACAUUUUCAAUGGUAUCGUAUUCUACGUAAAAAAUAUAAUCAAACAAUAUUUCAUUUAAGUAAUAAAACAUUCUAUGAUCAUAAAUGGAUAUUGAAUAGAGAUUUACUUGAACCAGUUCUAACUAAUACACUCAUAAAUGAUCCAUGUUUAAUAAAUAGAACAAAUGAAUUAGUUUAUAAACAAUUUGAUCCAUAUCAUGAUUCUGGUACUUAUGUAUGUCAAUCAUUAAAUAAUAAUAAACAUCCUUUAAAUUUUAUAUGGUAUCAUAUAGAUUAUAUUAAUGCUUAUACAAAUACAUGGUCUAGAUUAAAUUUACCAUUUAUAGAACGAAUGAAUAAAUCUGUAACUACAUAUAAUCAAUUAAUACAAUUACAAAAAUAUAUUGAAGAAGAAAUGAAUCGGCCGGAAUAUUUUCAUGAUCAAACAUUCAGUCUAUUACGUAUUACAUCAAAAUCAUUUCAUAAUUUAACACACUACAAAUAUUGUGGUAAUAUCCAUGUCAAACAAAAUCGUGUUUGUUAUAUACAGAUACCAAGAAAACUACCAAUCCAUAUUGAUAGUAAUAAUAAUAAUAUAGAAGAAAUAAAAUUAAUUUAUUU